AUGCAAAAUCUGACCGAGAAUCCAGGAAACUCAACAGCCAACGCAGACCUGAUAAUAGCAAUAAAAAUCUCUAUUGUCCUCCCCCUUUUCUUCGUCUUCCUCUACUUCAUCGUCCUGAUGCUGCACACCCUGGCGUCACAGAGGCAGUUCUGGGAGAACCCGCGCUACAUCCUCUUCGGCUACAUGCUGAUCAACGACACCCUGCUGGUGGUGUGCACCGUCCUGCUCUUCCUCCUCUACCUUGCUGAGUUUCGGUUUUCCUACGUCCUCUGCAUGACCCUGAUCUUCGUCUCCACCGUCACCUUCCAGAACACGCCGUUCAUCCUGGCGACCAUGUCGCUGGAGCGCUACGUCGCCAUCUUCUACCCACUGCGGCGCCCCGCCGCCUGGCGAGCCGAUCGCAUUUGGGCCGUCAUCCUGCCCACACUGCUCGUCAGCUUGGCGGUGCCCAUCAUCGAGCUGUGCCUGGGCGGGCGCUCCCCGGGGGCCAGCGCCCUCACCACCCUGGUGCUCUGCCGGAGCAAUGAGCUCAACAGCUCGCCGCUCCUCACGCUGGUCAAGAUCUCGCUGUACGGCGUCUUUUUCCUGGCGGUGGCCCUGGCCAUUUUCUUCACGUACGUGCGCAUCCUGCGGGAGGCGCGGCGCAUGUGGCGGGACCAGGCGGCGGUGGGCAAGGCGCUAUACACGGUGCUGCUGCACGGCCUGCAGCUGCUGCUGUGCGUCAUGUCCUUCAUGCAGCCCGUGACGGAGCAGGCGUCCGUGGUCCGGGCGCGUUGGCUCCGCGAGCAGAUCCCCUUCCUCAACUACCUCUGCUUCGCCCUGCUGCCCCGCGUCCUCAGCCCACUCAUAUACGGGCUGCGGGACGAGAGCCUCCGCACCCACAUGAGGAGGGCCGUCCUGUGCUGCUCCCCCGCAAUCACCACUCAGCACAUGGGCAAACCUGCAACCCAUUAAUGCCCAGAUUUUUUUUCCCCCAGAGGUUUUUUACACAAGCAUCUAUAGUCAUCCAAAAAAUAAGAAAAGAUGGAGAAAGAGUGGUAGAGACUUUGGCAACUUUAGUUGCCUGCGGGCUUAAAUGGGUUAAAAUCAGUGAGGGGGUAGGGGUAAGUUACCCCUUCUUGAAGGUCCCCAAAAUUUUUAAAUCACUGAGAAUUUACUGCUGCAGGAGAUUAACAUGUGCUUGGUUACUGUGCAGGAUACUGUUCUUUAGGAUUAAUAAAUAUUUUAAUAUACUUAAUGUGCACAUGUCUACAGAUUCCUGGCAUCUACAUAAAUGCUACAUCAAUGCACCAGAUAAAAAUAGCAGAUGUAUGACAGAGAGGCAGCAAAAGACUCCAAGUCAAUUAAGUCAAUAUUAAUCAAAUUUCUCCAAUUGUUUUGUUGAUUUAUUUUAUACUUUUCUCCUCCGACCCCAACUCACACAAGGAAAAAAUAAUUCCAUGAAAUGUACAUGAUAAUGCAAUAUAAUCUACAGACUAACCAGAAAAUAUUGUUUGGUGGUAUUAAAUUAAUAAAAAUAAAUAUGUCAAAUGUGAAAUAUGUCUUGGAAAAACAAACAGCUGCCUCAGACGAGACUGGGUAUCAUUAUUUAACAUUUUCUUAUAUUAGGCCAAAUGUUGUUUUGUUGUCCCUACUUCUGGAUUCCCUUGGUAACGGUGUACCCUAGGUGUAAAUGUAUAUCUUUUUUAGCUGGAAUUGGUCAAUAUGCUGUAGUCUCAACGUAAUGCCAGUAAACAGGAAAAGAAGAUAAAUGUCUGCAUUGUUGUUUGUUCAUAAAUGACAAACCAUUUGUAGCAAAUAAAGUUUUUGGUUUGAAUUUACUGCAAUAAUAGAGGAAGAGGUAGAGCUUCACGUAGCAGUGAACAAUGGUCAUACAGCAUAUAAUUAUAAACAGCUGUCUUGUAAAUAUUCCACCAAUUCCAGUGUUGGAAAUGACAAAAAUUAGGCUCCCAAGAAUUGGCUACAUUUAUCUUGCAAUGAAACAUUUCAAAAGAGAACAAAUGGUUUUUAUAGGGGGAAUAUUUGUUAUGUUCAAAUGCCAGUUUGUUCUAGUUAAAGGUGGAGAAAUAAAGCAGGAGAAUAAAAAUCUACCUCUGUAUGUAUGCUAAUGAUUUGAUUAUGUUGUAAUUUCUAUGUGUAUCCUUAUUUUUAUGUUUAUUUGUUAUUAUUUUUUUUAUUAAUUGUUUAUCAUAUCCAUUCAUGUCACCACAUUUUUUAUUCAGUAAACCAUGUUCCACAUGACAUCACUGAUUCCGUGGCAUUAUUUUCACCUUGCACGAGGACACUACUCAUCAAAUA